AUGGCCCAAGAGUGUGACAGCGGAGACAGCAAGGCCUUACUGGCCCCGCCACCGCACGAGGUCGCCGGGGAACCAGGCAGAAGUUCACUGAUAUCGGCUUCGUUCAAUUUCGUCAAUUCCAUAAUCGGAUCUGGAAUAAUAGGUUUGCCAUAUGCUUUGAAUCAGGCAGGGCUUCCUCUUGGCCUUCUGCUUUUGGUGGUUGUUGCGUUUAUCACAGACUACUCAAUCAUCUUGUUGAUAAAAGGAGGUAACCUGUCGGGGACAAACAGUUAUCAGUCACUGGUGCAAAGCACUUUUGGGUUCCCUGGGUUCUUGGUUCUCUCUGGACUACAGUUCCUGUAUCCUUUCAUUGCCAUGAUCAGUUACAACAUCACAACCGGUGACACAAUGACCAAAGUUUUUCAGAGACUACCAGGAGUUGGCCCAGACCACAUACUUGCUGAACGCCACUUUGUAAUACUGGUGUCAACCGUUGUGUUCACAUUGCCGCUGUCCCUUUAUCGCAACAUAGGAAGGCUUGGGAAGGUGUCCCUGCUGUCAAUGGUGUUGACCCUUUUCAUCCUCAUCACUGUAGUCAUCAGAGCAGCAACCUUGGGACCACAAAUCCCCCCUUCAGAAAAUGCAUGGGCAUUUGCAAAGUGGAACGCAAUUCAAGCUGUCGGUGUAAUGUCUUUUGCCUUUAUAUGUCAUCACAACAGCUUUCUGAUCUAUGGCUCUCUGGAGGAGCCCACUCUCACCAAAUGGUCUCGAGUCACCCACGUGUCUGUUGGCUUUGCUCUAGUAGUCAGUGCUGUGUUUGCUGUGGCUGGCUAUGUCACCUUCACCGGCUAUACACAAGGGGAUAUCUUCGAGAACUACUGCAGAGAUGAUAAUCUGGCGACGUUUGGUCGCUUCUGUUUUGGACUCAGUAUAAUAACCACUUUUCCCCUGGAGUGUUUUGUAACACGAGAGGUUGUAGCCAAUGCCAUUUGUAAAAGAGCUUUGACAAAAGCUGAACACGUGGGCGUCACCGUGCUGAUAGUUGCAGUGUGUACAGCAGUUUCCUUGGCCACCGAGUGUCUGGGAAUAGUGUUGGAGCUGAAUGGCGUUUUAAGCGCCACACCCCUGAUCUUCAUCAUCCCGUCCGCCUGCUUCCUGAAGCUGUCCCCCGGCCGCUGGUUCCACGGGGGAAACCUGAUACCGUCCGCCCUCAUCCUCACCGGCCUGUUUGUUAUGGUGACGGGCUUGACCAUGACCGGCCUCUCCCCCCAAGACUGUUCACACGGCGUGGAGAUGUUUUACUGCGCAGACUCCAACCUCUCCAGCACCACACCACCGACAUGA